GACGUAUUUUUAGAGCGGAAACGAUUAUUGCAUAGUAAGCAAGUAGUAAAUCGUAUUGUUUUGUCAAUUCAUUUAAAGUCGUAAACAUGAAGUAUCACUUUUUUAUCCAGUGUUGCCGGUCGGUCCGAUCUAGUACGAUAUACCUGUCACAAAUUGCACGGAACUUCAUCAAAUUCUAGUACUUUUUCGAGAUGAUUUUCAAGCAGUUGGCAACCGUGAACGUUUUUAUUAUGAUUUCGAAAAGAUAACCUUAUCUCCUUCGGCCGGCUUGAGCAAUUUACUGGUUUAAAAGUUCGCCGAUUAUUCUAGUUAAUGGUCAAUAAUUUGGUGCAUUUAUACAGACAGUUUGGUGUUACGUGCAGGUCUAUAAUGGCUGGCUUGCAAGAAGCGAAGAAAUUGGCUGCAUACAAAGCCGUCGAUGACCACGUACAGGACAACCUUAUUGUAGGAGUAGGAAGCGGCUCCACGGCAGUAUUGGCUGUCGAAAGGAUGAUGGAGCGCGUCAGGAACGAGCAUUUAAACAUCAAAUGCAUCCCGACCUCCUUUCAAGCCCGCCAGCUCAUCAUCCAAAGCCAACUGCCUCUUACCAAUCUGGAAAUCAACCCUGAAAUCGAUGUGACCAUCGACGGAGCCGACGAAGUCGACGAGAAUCUCACCUGCAUCAAGGGCGGCGGCGCCUGCUUUCUACAAGAAAAAAUCGUGGCUUACAACUCGAAGAAAUUAGUUAUAAUCGCCGAUUAUACCAAGGAUUCCGUUAAAUUGGGACAACAGUGGAAGAAAGGUAUACCGUUAGAAGUUGAUCCGAUGGCGUAUUACACGGUGAAGACGAAGAUAGAAAAAACCAUGGGCGGCGAAGCGGAGCUUAGAAUAGGCAAGAUGAAAGCGGGGCCGGUGAUAACGGACGGAGGGAAUUUCAUAUUAGAUUGGAAGGAUUUCAAUCCCGAAAGCAAUUGGGAAGAGGUGAACAUGGAGCUGUUGAAGAUCCCCGGUUUGUUCGAAACCGGAUUGUUCGUCGACAUGGCGGUCGUGGCUUAUUUCGGAAUGAGCGACGGUACCGUUAAGGUUAGAACUCCUAAAAAUGCGAAGGAUUCAUGCGAUUGUUAAGGAGGAAAAAGUAAC